AUGAACACCGAAAAUAAGUCAUACAAAGAUGGAAACAGUAAGAACAAUAAUGAUUGUCAACGGUCAGUAUGCAAGUCGAAAAAUAACCCAGAAUUUUGCGAAUAUCUUAAAUCUCAACCUACUCCAGAAUGGAUAAAAUUGAUAAAACCAAACGUUAAGACAACUGAAGACUCACCAAAAACGGCUUGCAUGUGCGCAAAAACAGUCCCUAAAAACGCUUCGAAAUGUAAGAACCUCCAGAAUCCCGAAGUCAAUAACGUAUUGAAAUGUAACAACAUAACACCUAAAAUCAUCAAUAAUGAGAAUAACAAUAGUUCUCAUCGUUCGGAAUGCAAAUCAAAAGAUAACCCAGAAAUUUGUUAUUAUCUCAAAUCUCAACCAACCCCAGAAUGGAUAAAAUCGAUAAAACAAAACGUUAAAACAAAAACAGACAGCUCAUCAAAAACCGUCAAAUGCCCUAACGAAAUCAAAUCGACCAGUCAGCAAGCAAAACCUGUUAUCAAUAACGUACAAAAUUGUAAAAGCUUCCAGAAAUCGACCACCGAGAGUUCAUCGGCUGUAAAUAAAGAUGUCACUGGGAAAAGCAGUUGUCCUUGCAAGGGUUUGGGAAAAUUCCACGAUUCGCGGUAUAAGAAAAAUGAUACUAAACCGUCUGAUCGUAGUGCUGGUUGGGGUUUGGCAGAUUGGAAUCUCGGCAAUAAAAAAAAAGAAGAAAUGCCGAAAGGCCAAAUAACUGCGUUAACUAGUUGUAAAAAAGACCAAACGCCCACUACCGAUAACGUUUCUAAAUGUAAAAACAUCCAGAAACCUGUUAAAUGCCCGUCGACUACCUGCAUGAACGAAAAUCGAAAAAAUGAGUUGUCCAAAGUUGUCCAAAAACCUGAACAACUUUCGACUUGUAAAAACGUCCAGAAACCGGCUAUUGGUUGUCCGUCGGCAGCAUGUAAAGAAAAUGCUAGAAGUAAUUGUCCUAACAAGAAUCCCGGGAUAUCUCACAAUACAGACCCAUCUCACAAUAAACUACAGAAACAAGUCGCCGAUUCUUCUUGCGGGUGCACUUGUCAUUCCGGUUCUAAAGUCUAA